CGGCAGAUUCGGUUUCGCUUGGGCUCACCCCGCCCGGCCGCUCCAACUUCGGCACCGGCCGCCAGCACACCGUUCCGAGCCGCCGGAUUCGGCUUUUCUUUUUUUGGCGUUGUUUUUUCCCAUCAGCGACCGGCGGCUAAUAACGAAGGCGCGCUGGAUCCAUUGUUCUGGGGAAGGCUAACCGACUCCUGCGGUCCGGCAGCUGGCAACGGCCGGUUGCCGGCUCUGCGAGGGAGGGGGUCCCGUGAGUUUGCUCAGGCCAGGCUUCCGCUGCGGGGCGGAGGGGGGACAAGGCGGAAGGGGAGAAGAGGGCGAGGAGGAGGGGGCCGGCUGCCAGGCGAGGGAUCCCCCGCGUUGCAUGCCGGUCGUCCUCCGCUCUCCGGGACGCCUCCUGCCUCUUGCCAAGCGCUGUUUUCCGUUUCACAGGUGGAGUGGGAAGCAGCGCGUUGGGCCGCUGUGCUUUCGUGAAAACCAUGGGCCUACGCGAACGGCAACACCGGCCUAUGCUACCGAUGCUUCCGUCCGUCCUCGUCGCCUACUUCUGCGUCGUCUGCUUAAACGGCGUGCCCCGGGCUUCUGCGAUUGAGAUCACCAAGCUCACGGUGCCCCGGGUGGUGGAGAGCGGCCUGGAAGGUCCCUUCGACUUGGACUGCCAAUACCGCUGCAACGAGUCCGACUCCAAGCUGGUGGUAAAGUGGUUCUUCAACGGCGAGCCGCAGCCCUUCUACCAGUGGAUCGCCGAGAUGCAGAAGCCCGUGGUGGCCGAGCGCUACGAGCAGAGCCUGGACAUGGACCGCUCGCACGCGCCGGGCGGCGCCGACGCCUGCAAUACGCACACGUGGCAGCUGCGCCUCGUCAAGCCCACCAUCGACAUGAGCGGCAAGUACCGCUGUGAGGUGCUCACACUCGACGACCAGGACAGCGCAGAGGCUAGCAUGAUGGUCUUCGCGCCGCCGUCCACGUUCCACUUCAACUACACCAAGUCUAGUUCGGAUCGGGCGACGCUGCUGUGCGAGGUGGACGGCGCUUUCCCGAUGCCCCACCUCAAGAUGUACCGGCUCCUGGUGGACUCCGAGGACGACCAGGCGGAGCUGGUCAACGUCCAACUGACCACAGAGCGGAAGGAAGGCUACUACCGAGCCGUCAUGACUAGCGAGGUGAUGGACAACGCCCUGCCGCAGGACGAGGCCACCGUCUUCCUCUGCAGCUACUCCUUCAAGGAGAUCAAGUACCAGAGGCUUAAGAGGCUCACCUACAUGCCUGGAAGACCCAUCAGGGUGGGAGGCCACAGUGCUCGAUCAAUGAACAGGAACCUGCAUGGCUCGCCACCGGAGACAGAUGAAGAUGGCAGCAACUCGAGCCAGAACAGCAAGCCAAUAUUAUGGCUCGUCUUUCUGUGCUUGUACUUCGGACUCUCUUAGCCGACCACAAGUUUUCCUAUUGAGGUACCAAAGAGCGCGGUCCCUAGCUGAGAUUCCCCAAGAACCGCUAAGAACGGACGCCCGGUCAACUGGAAACCACCUACCAACAGAGGGCGAAUUUACUACUUGCUGCAUUAUUGUGCGUUUCCCUCGCUUAAAAAAAGAAAACAAAGGAACACUUCUAGAGCUUACGCAAUACUUUAUAAACAGCAGAGUCAUAAGUUACUUAUAAGGCAAUCAAGUCGAACCUUCUACAAAUGAAAACAAAAGUGUCCUUCUCACCUUGGCAAGUUCAAGUGAAGAUUUUCCGAUGAUUUAAAAGGGCUGUGUAAAUUGGAAAUGUGCAUGGCGCGGCAGAGUUAGCACAUCAAGUUUAUCGUUUGUUUUCCUUUGAGAAACAGUAGGCUGACAUAAUUGCUAUCACUGUGACAGACAGUGCUCAUUUGGGGACCAGCCUAAGUCGAGACUUCGGCUACCGAUAAUAACCUGUGCGAUCUCGGUACUGUAUAACCAAUCGUUAAAAUGAAAACAAAGCGAAAAAAAUCAGCUGAUAUUGAGUCUGUGCUAACUGCGUCGCGCAAUGUAGCUUUCGUUAUGUCGCUGUUAUUGCUUUAUUGUAUCUAAAACGGCAUCGGGAUCGAUGUUUUAAUUGCUUGUUUUACGUUUGUUUACUUUUGCAUAUCAUAGUGACGUAUUGACAAAUCCUUAACUACGGCUAUAAAGUGACUGUCGACUUGACGUAUUGACAGCUUUCUAACCGUACAGUCUGCCAGAAGUCCCUUCAAGUAUUUUAACCCUUAUGUAUCUGCAACGCCAACCACUGGAUUUAAACCAGUAAGGAGGGAAAGUCUGAAACUGCAUUCUUUUCCUAGUGGCUGAAUGUUGCAAAGUAAGGUGAUUGACCUAUCGGAUGGAUCCUGGGGCACUACUGUUGCAAUCAAUUCUGAGAGAUCAAGAUUUAGUUGUUUAAGGGGUAUUCACACGAGGGAGAAAUCCCGGGGAUUUCUCCCCGGCACGCGCGCAUCACGAGAUAAAAACGCGAGGCUUUUGCACAUAGCAAAGCCUGACGUUUUCGUCGUGGGAUGCGCGUGCCGGGGAGAAAUCCCCGGGAUUUCUCCCUCGUGUGAAUACCCCUUUAAACACGGGAAACGACGAAAUAAAAAUCAAAUAUACUGUUUAAGUUAUAUUUUCUUUGAUAGAGGAGAGGUUGAGGUCAUAUGCCUUUCAGGCCAUCCGUAUCCCCACAUUUUAUUCGCGGGAACUUUAUGGCCCUUAAUUAUGAGUUCCAAACUAUAUUAUUUUUCAAAAGCACGAUUUCACACGCACAAACAAAUAAACGAUGUGCAAGGCACUCGUAUAGUAUUUAUUUCUGUAGAAUCAAGGAACAACUAUUUUAUGUCCCAGCAGGCCUAAAUCGGUUAGCAACAUCCUACAAACAAAAUAAUGCCUGUGGAGAUGUUUUACAUUCAUAUCCCCAUUUCUGACGGCACUCUUUAUUCCUGAAAAGCUGUCUUUUACGCGCAUAAAAACAUGGAAUUUUCUGUACUUAAAAUACUGCGGACAUUUCGGUGUACGCAGGAGAGGAAACAUAAAAACGCAUAUUAAAUACAUAAUCACGCACCAGGCAUCAGGGGUGGUGCGUGAUUACCGGGCGUGACACCAUCAGUUCGCGAGUUUACAAAGUUUAAAUACCAGACGUAUGACGAUACUAUGAACAGGGAAAGCAGAAUAAAAAUAUCUGGAAGCAAAAACAACCAAUAAACUCAAUCUGAUCAUACUACAGUUUUCUAGCCCGCUUUGGUAAUCUGCCAUGUAGCGUAAUUUAUCCUUUCUCGAUUGAUUUAAUGGUUUUUAGGAUGACUAAUUAAAACAUUUAAGUAAUCAAAGAAAUGUUUGCUUUUGUAUAUUGAACACAGCGGAUAUAGCUUUCGUAGAUUCAGGUAAACAGUUUUUUUAUUCCCCAAUAUACGAACGCGAGAAUUGUGCCAGAGCCCAUUUUGCAUCUUUCCCAUAAGUGGUUCAUUCAAAUCUUACGAAUAGCUCUUUAUGUUUUCGAAGGCCUUGAAGUAGAAUGCAAGAGUUUCGUGCAGGUGUUUUAAAAGAUACCAGUGCGAAAAUUUCGAAAAUGCAUUCGUUGCAGGAGUUCUUUUGUAAACAAAACCUGUUUUUUUGGCCACUUUCUCAAACCUGUGCCUUUGAUCACAUUGCACACUGCUCGUGAGAUGAAGUAUUAAGUGCAGGUCAUAAACUACCACGGAACUAUCGAUUGUUACUUCCGCGACACUGAAGAGCCGCAACAACUUGUCAACAUUUUUUGCGGUUAAGGUUGCUUUCACUUCUCACAUUGAAAUGUUUUUUUCUUCAUGUUUUGAGAGCCCCUGACUACUGCUUUUAUGUCCUUCAGACGGUGACAAUGUAAGAAGAAAAGGGUGCGGCAAGCAGCAAAACAACAUUUUUAGCAGCCUAUGAGAUUUCAAUAUUAACAUAUAAGAACUCAUAAUUAAUCACCCCUUCUUUUAUUAGGCUGUCAAUGACUCUAACAACUGAUACGUGAACAAAGAAUGGGCGUAAUAAGUUCUGACAUGCUGAUGAUAUAAUUUCUACAUCUGGUGUAUGACCUGUGACUGCUGUCGCUUCCGCUACUGGUUGAAUUUUUGUACGUUAAGAGUGGCCACACUCUCCUAUUGUUACGGGGCCGCUAUUUACUCUCGCACAUCCUUUGUAGAGCGUGACGCAACGCAGAUGACGUGACGGUGGCCUACCUACUUACACCCAGAAUGUAUGCCCACGGUUGCUCGAUCAAAAACAAUGUACGGCGCGCCGCUUCGUAUCGCCGCACAUAGGCAGAGGCGAGAUUGAUCAGCUUACACGACUGGAUGCAUUGGUGGUAGUAGUUCCGGGCAAUCCAGACGAAGGGCGCUGCUGAGCAGCGCCUGAGAAAUAAUGAUCAGCGCAGAGAUACCACGGAACAAACCAAGCAGCGCUUAGCAGUCACUGACCGCUGGCGCCGCGGUGGUUGCUCGGGGUGCUAGGCGCGUAUCGCCGUUCUGCGUUUCAAAUCGAGCGGUCGUGGUAUGCCACGCACUGGGAAUAAUUUCUCGUAAAAUAUGCAACGAAGCAAAUUGCCAGUGCCUCUGCUUUGUACAGACGUGUAUAUUGUAUACAACUAGUCACAACGUGAAUCUAAAUAGCAUAUGAGAGUUAUUUAUGCUGAACAAUAACUGAUUUCUAGUUGAUGAGUCACUGUAGAGGCAUGUCUUCUUGAUUUGCGCCAAGAUAACUGGGUCCUCUUACAGAUCUGAACCUGCGUCGCUUACCGAUAUGUUCUCUAGCUCAAACUCUUUUAUUAUUAAUCGGUCACAGAAAAGAAACAUCUGUUUUUCUACGUAAGCUCAUAUCGUCUUUUUUUUUUUUAAGCUACUUCGUCUUGUGUUGCUUUGCUUACUCUUUACAGUCUCAAUCCUGAAAGAAUUUGCCCUAGUCAGGCUUUAGUAAACGAUCUUACGUUUCGUUAAAAAGUCUGUGCGCACUUAAACUGUGUGUCCGUAUUCAAUCCUUGUUUGCCAGAGCCAAUGCUUUCCACUGCUGUUUGUGUUUCAUGCGUAUUUCCGUUGUAUUAUUUUAUGUCAUGUUUUUUUUCUGUAAUAAAAUGAAGUGCACCGAC